AUGCCUUCUCCCGCCGGCAGCGGCAGUAGGAUGCCUUCUCCCGGCGGCGGCGGCAGUGGUGUCCGGAUGCCUUCUCCCAGCUGCGGCGGCGUUGGUGCCGGCGUCGGCUUCUCUCGUCGGCUCCCCAACGACCCACCUCCACUCGGUCCUCGCGCGUUGAACUUCACAGAGCCUCACGCCACCACCUGGGACGCCUGCAGAAUGACAACAUCACCAGCAGAAGUGUACGAGGUCGUCGGCGAUGACUUUAGCCCCAACCAUUGGACGCCUGACUACUCGCAACCAUGGGCUUCAAGUUCACAAUAUUUCACAAACAUAAUGACACAGGAAAAGGAUGAUGAUUUGGAAUUGGUGAAUCAGCAGGCUGCCACUCCAAGUACCGGCGGGAAAGGAGCAUCCAAGCGAGGCAGUAACUACACUAGUCUUGAAGAUAUCCAACUUUGCAAAUCCUGGAUUCAUAUCAGCAAUGACCCUAUCAUAGGGAAUGAUCAGGCAGGAAAAACUUAUUGGGAGAGGAUUGCUAAUGAUUUCCACAAGAACAGGGACUUUGAGUCCGAUAGGACUCCAAAUUCACUCGAGCAUCGCUUUGGAAUCAUACUAAAGGAGUGCAUGAAAUUCCAAGGCUACUACGAGGAGGUCGAGCGUCGUCAUCCAAGUGGCGUCCCAUACAAAGAACAUUUGCUGGAAGCCCAUGAAAGGUAUGCCAGAAAAGCGAAGGGCAAAAAUGUCAAUUCGAAGAAUGCUGGCUCACGUUGA